GAAGUCUGUUACGAUGGGGCCAUGGUUACCGAAACUGAAGCUUUCUCCGAAAACGUCAGACGCUCACUCUCGAUCUCGCUGCACGCCGUCCUGGACACCGAGUUCUUGCAAUGGAUGCGACUAGCCAAUCCAGUGGCGGAGGCUUUCCCUUCCACUUCCCUUACCUUCCUCCCCAUCCUCCUCCUCCACCAGCUGACACUGAGCUGACGAACCUCAACUGGGUGGCCGGGGCACCCGUGCCGAUGCAGAACCCUGUUUCGCCUACCAGGAAAGGAGGAUUCGCACGGAGCAAACACUUCCCGCAGCACAGAGAAGGACCGUCGGCACACCACUCCGCCAAGCAAACAAGCUCCCUCGCCUCCUUUGCUCCGCGGCUAGUUGCAGAGUCAAGAGCGGGAAGCGGUUGUGACGGCUCUUUCCGUGGCAAAGACUCGAGUCCGUUCAAGAGAGAGGCGGGAAGGAAGGAGAAAGGCAAGAAGAGCAGCAGCAAGCGAGGCGACAAGGGGGGAGAGGGGGAGGAGGAAGAGGCGAGGACAAAGAAGCCGAACUGCUCCUACACGAGUCUCAUUGGUCUGGCGUUGAUGGCGAGCGAGGACGGCUGUCUACCAGUCAGCGAGAUCUACACCUACAUCGAGGACCAGUUUCCGUAUUUCAAGGGUGCUCCGGACGGCUGGAAGAACUCGAUCCGACACAACCUCUCUCUCAACCCCGCCUUCAGGAAGGUGAAGGACUCCAUGCGGUGGCAGGGAAAGAAGGGCUACUACUGGGAGGUGGUCCCUGAGAGAUGGGCUAGCGUGGAGAGAGAGGUGGAGCGCUACCUCAGACAGGAGGGGAAACUCAACGACAUGGACAUCACUGAUGGAAUUUCUCCGUUUCCGAGUUGUCUGCAAGCCUCCAUUCCGGCAAUGCCCCAGACACCCAGCCCACCCCCGAUUUGCUCGUUCCAGUUCUGCACCGGGACACAGCCCUACUACGACAUUGUGUCUUCCAUGCUGCGGUACUACCCUCCCUCCCCCUGGCCCCUCCCUCCACCUCCCCCUCCUCUUGUCCCUGAUACUAUACCUGACCACACCACCAACAAAAUGGACAUUUCUCUGGCGAGAGCAGCGCCAGUGACACUCCUUGACACAGACCUCUCUCCCGGCCAGUUUGCCGGGUUCCCUGACCCCGCCUCCUGCCCCACUAACUCCACCCUCCACGACCUCUUCGGCCUCCAGCUCCUCUCCGUCCCUCCUCCGCACCCUCACACCCUCAACACCUUCCCCCCUCCAUACUCCGAAGACUCCUCCUUCCUCUCCCAAUACCAGCUGUCCCAUAGCGGCGAAACACCCAUCCCAUUGCUCGAUGGGACGUCCAGAAGGCAGACGCAGAGACUGAGGAAAAUGGCACUGGAUCGGCUAACACUGCCCGAGGAACAUCACAGCUGGACUUGUGGCACCACGUCGUCAAGAACUCUCUACCCAGAUUGUUACGGUGCAUUCGACCAGAGCUACUACGUCAUGAGUCUUGAGGACUGCCCAGUGAUGGAUUGGAGUGGGGAGAGUGGUGAGGGGAGGGAGAGUGGCGAGGGGAGGGAGAGUGGUGAGAGGAGGGACAGUGGCGAGAGGAGGGACAGUGGUGAGAGGAGGGAGAGUGGCGAGAGGAGGGACAGUGGUGAGGGGAGGGAGAGUGGUGAGAGGAGGGAGAGUGGUGAGAGGAGGGAGAGUGGUGAGAGGAGGGACAGUGGUGAGAGGAGGGACAGUGGCGAGAGGAGGGACAGUGGUGAGGGGAGGGAGAGUGGUGAGAGGAGGGACAGUGGUGAGGGGAGGGAGAGUGGCGAGAGGAGGGAGAGUGGCGAGAGGAGGGACAGUCGUGAUGACAUAGAAAACUGCAAAGGAGUAGAUGAGGCCCCGGACACACAUCCCGGUGAGGAAGACCCUACAAUCUGCGACAGUGAAGAGAAUCGGACCGGAGGAGAGGCAGUGAAGAGAGAGCCUCACUUUCACCAGAGAGUCAGACACAGCAGGUGA